AUGGCAAAAUCCAGUGUAGAACCCCAGCAGAAUCAAAUUUCUGAAAAAAUUGAUGAAUUGAAUUCUGACCAACGCUACUUUAAGGGGUAUGACUGUAUUAAAAAUAUUCCUCUUUACUGGGGCAAUGGAAACAGGAAACCCAAAUCCAAGCUUUCAAAGUGAGCUUCCUGAGUACUUGACAAUUGGAUCACUCAAGCUUAUCUAAUGCUUCUCACACUUUUUGCUUUAUUUGGCGAUGACAUCAGACUCUUAGCUACGGAGCAAUCAUCUGAUGGCUACUUUUUUUGAACAGCAUUUGUUUGCCUUGUUUCUUUUGCUGUAGAAAUUAUUUUAUCCUCAAUAUCUAAGGAGAAAUAUUUCAACAGUUUUUUCUUUUGGCUUGAUAUCUUAGCGACUAUAUCUCUUAUUCUUGAUAUUGGCUGAGUCUGAAGCUUCAUUACAGGCAAAAACUCCAACCAAGAUUCGGAAGACGUCCAGGAAAGCCAUGUUUCUCUUAACAGACUGCAAAGUAUUACUGGCCCAAGAAAUAUCAGGCUUAUGAGAAUUUUUCGUGUCAUUAGGCUUGUUAGGGUCGCUAAAAUUUACAAAUUAGCAGUCGAGCGUAACCUACAAAAAGACGAAACGAAAAGUGAAAAAAGAGUAGAAAUUCGCUUUAGAGGAAAUGAAGCCCCAAUAAUAGUAGAGGUAUGAGACCAAAUGCCUCUUAAUAAUGAAAUAGAUUUUGAUAACUUAGAAGAUCAGUCUUCUCACUCUUUAAGCUCUUUUUCAUUAGGGCCGUUUUCACAGGCGGAUCAUCCUUCAUCCGAUCCUGCUUCUACUGGCUUGAAUUUUGACGUUCCUUCGAAUAUGAUUGUUAUACAAAACGAAGCUAAAAAUGUUGAAAAAAAGGAAAAACCAAAGUCAGACCCUGAGGCCAAACUUGGAAACAGAUUGACCGAUGUCAUUAUGAACCGAAUGAUCAUUCUGGUUAUUGGCGCUGUACUUGUGUUUCCCCUGUUUUAUCCUUCUUUGUAUCUAGAUGACUAUAAAUUUUUUGAAUUCGGCUUAAAAGCGAUAAACAUUUAAUCAGCCAACCCUCUAAACUCCUGCAGCUUGUCCAUGUCUAGUGGGGUGGUGGAAUCCAGCCAAGUUUUGCUUGGUUUGGUGAUGCGGAAUGCCAGGUUAUUUGACUGCAAACUUUACUCCAGAUCAAGGUUUUUGCCUCAGAGGAAAAUGGAAUUAAUAUUUAGAAAGUUAUAUCCCAGCAGUGCCAAAAGCAUCUCCUUGUCUAUCAGGGCUAUUUUCCAGCGUUAAGCCUGAGUAUUCCAUGAAGGACAAUCUUUGUUGACGUGCUGUGCAGUGAUAUAACUGCUCUCAUUCAAAUGCCAGUGAGCAAGUACAAGCCCUUGCCCAGCAGGAGCAACCUUUGCUAUGUCGUCAAACGUGAUAUGGCGAAUAAACGUGGAAGCGCUAAGGGUAUAUGCAGUCCUUCGGGAAUUACAGUGAAAUUUUCUAUAAGCAUAAUUAAGGCUAAGAUUAAGGCUUAAAAGCAAUUUAUGAUGUUAUUUUUGAGCAUGAAGAAUUUGAGGUGGCUUGAAAUUCAUAUGUUGACUCCUAUAAAGAUUUAAACAAUCCCUUAAUUUACCUGCAAGUCAAAAACAAAAAACUGUGGAAAGGAGGAGCCUGUCUGGACGAUUUACGAUUGUCAGAAGUUCUUAUAUACACAAUUGACGGGAUGAGCUCUGACUAUUACUACUGGAUAGUCGCGGUUUUUGACAUGAAGAAUACAAGUAAAAUGGAAGCAUGGAUGAGUAUGCUGCGGACAGCUUUCAUUUGUGUUGUAAUUGGGGUUGCUGCAUUAUUGCUUGCGAAAGAUACAAAAGAAAUUUUGUUAAAGCCACUAGAAAAAACAAUAAAUCGUGUGCAGAAUAUGUCUAAUGACCCACUGCUUGCUAUUCAAUUAGAAGAAUAUGAAUCCUAUACAAAAAAUUUAAAAGAGAAAAAGGCAUGCAAAUCUGAGCCUGAAGAAAUUAAGCUGCUAGAUAACGCAAUCAAUAAAAUCGGCUCACUUUUAUCGAUUGGGUUUGGAGAAAUAGGUGCGGAGAUUAUUACUUACAAUAUGAAAACUAACGGAGGUGAAAUUAAUCCAUUAAUUGCAGGAAGACGGUGUUUCUGCGUUUUUGGAGUGUUAUGCAUAAAAAACUUGCAAGAACUUACCUCUGAUUUAAAAGAAGACAUAAUAAAAUGGCUUUCGCUCGAGCGAAGUUAGCUCCGCUAACUUUCUCUCAUUCAAGCAAUUUUAUUUAUGGGGUUGGGUUUUUACCUCAAGAACUUCUGCACAGCAACAGCGGUUUAACUUUGGGGAUAACCAAAGGAACUGCUCCUCAGUGCGCUCAAGAUCUGGAGUUUUUACCCUCAGCACAUCCCAAGGGAGAUGGACCAUCAGGCGGAACACGCGCAGGAGCUGAGUCGAAACAAAGCCGUGGCGGCAGCGAAGCCCGUCGAAGCCGGAACGCCUUAUUCGCCUGUGCCUUGGCGAAUCGAAAGGGAUCGAUCCAGCGGUCUCGGGCCCGACACGUGGACAAAUAUGGUGACAGCUCUGGAAACGGCUACCCCGUAGUGGACGUUAAAUGUUAAUAAAUUAAUAUAUAUAUGUAUGUAUGAUUUAAAAGAAGACACUAUUCAGUUUAUUAACAAAAUUUCUUUAAUCACUCAUAGCAUUGCUUCUCAGUACUUAGGCUUAGCUAAAAAAAUAACUGGAGACAAGCUUUCAAUUGUAUGGAAAUUCCCUGAAGAGUGCAUUGAGCUUGAUAUCUUCAGCAAUGCCAAAAAGGGUUUGAAUGAUAAUUUAUUUGUAAAAGAAUUAGCAGACAUGGCAGUUAUCAGUUUUGCAAAAAUUUUGGCAGAACUCAAGAAAAGCCAGUUUAUUUUGAAUAAUGGAAAUGGUACAGAAAUCAGAAAAAUAAUUUCUGAAGAAUGCAGCGAAAUUGGAAUAGGGCUUCAUCAAGGCUGGGCAUUGGAAGGAACUCUAGGCAGCAAACUAAAAAUUGAUCCUGUUUAUUUGUCCCCGAAUUUGGACAUUGCAAUUAAACUAGGAGAAAUUACGAAUGAAUUCCAAACAGCAAUUAUGAUUAGUGAAGAUCUUUUUAAAAUCUGCUCACAAAAGACACAAUUACAGCUUAGAGAGACAGGGCGUGUUGCAAUUUCUGAAGAAAAAGAAAUCGGCGUAUAUACAUGUGAUUUAGAUUUAUCCAAAGUUUCCUUAUUGGAACCAGAUAUUCAAGAUCCUGAAAAAAGCAAGACAUUCAAUAGAAUUGCAAGAGAGAAGCUUAAAGAAUUAUCAAAAAGCGGCGAAUAUCAUGUGUCAAAGCUAUGGGAAGAAGAUAAUGACUUAAAAAAUAUGAAGAGUAUAUAG